AUGCGCUUGGAAAGGCCUUUCGAAAUAAAGCAGCUUUUGGAGGAAGAAUUUUGGUGGACAGUUAUUUUGUUUGAAAGCCAAUCAAAUCAUCAAAAUUAUAUUAUUCGCAAAGUUAAAAUAUUUACACCUCUUAACGGAAUUAUUUUCUAUACUGUUGCUGCUUCGCUCUCGAGUGGUCCGAGCGAACUGGAUGGCCCGAUUGGUCCAAGUGACCUGGCUGCUCCGAGUGGCUCGAUUGGUGCCAAUACUCUACAAUAA